AUGCUUUACACGAUAAAUAACCCUGAGCGACUGGAAGCCUAUUCUACUGGCUAUGACAUCAGAUCGGACGUAGAAGUAGCAAAUUUUGCGUUUCCAUACCCAGGAUUUACCUCUGCACCUUUAUUCGCCCAACUGGAUCUUGUCGUCCACGGGGACGCGCCUAUGGUUAACAAUCCACUCUAUAGCACUCGUACAAAGAAUUUCAUUCAUAACUGUCUCAUAAAGGAUCUGAAUAGUCGGCCAACAUUCGCGGAUUUGGCACAGACACCCUUCUACCUACACUACAGUUCUAAAGAAGAUUUGAAUGAGGUCGUCGGAGCAUAUGUGGCCGAAGUGCUGGACAAACUUGAGUCCAAUCCCAGUCCAUAG